CUUGCCAGCAGUGUCAGCGAGCGCUCAACUUCCUUUGGUGAAGUGGAUUUACUUGAACUUGGAAGGAAGGGGAAAAAAAUGUCUCCACUUCUGAAAAGCAUCUUGGAUAUCACUGAAAUUUUCAAUCAAUAUGCCUUACAUGAUUGUGAUGGGGCAGCACUAAGCAAGAAAGACCUGAAGAACCUCCUUGAAAGGGAAUUUGGAGAUGUCCUUCGGAGGCCACAUGACCCUGAGACAGUAGAUCUGAUCCUGGAACUUCUGGAUCGCGACUGUAACGGGCUCGUCGAUUUCAAUGAAUUCCUCCUGUUCGUUUUCAAGGUGGCUCAAGCUUGUUAUUACGCUCUCAGCCAGGUUUCCGGGCUGGAUGAGAAGGGGGUCAGGUGUGAGGGAAAGGAGAACCCGUUACAAGAUCCCAGGCAAGAAGACCAGAGAUUUGAGCCCCGGGACAGACAACUGGAAGAACACAGGCAGAAAAGGCAGGAACUGGAGAGGGAGCUCGCAGAGGAAGACAAGCAGCGGCUGCAGAGGCGACAACCGGAAGAGCGCCUGGAGGAGGAAGAGCAGCUGAAGAGGCGCAAGGGUCGGGAGCCUGAGGAAUUUCCUGACCGAAAGCAAAGGCAAGAGAGGCAGGAGCAGCGCGAGCUCCGGGAAGAAGAGGAGCAGUUGCAAAGGCAGAAGCGGGAGCAGGAGGAGCCGCGGUUGCAGCAGGAGCUGAGGCGCGAGAAGCAGGACAGACGCGAGCAGACAGAAAGGCGCGAGCAGCAGCUGAGGCGCGGGGAGCCGCGCUUAGAGCAGGAGCUAAGGCGCGAGCAGGAGAGACGCGAGCAGGAACUGAGGCGCGAGCAGAGGCUGAGGCGCGAGGAGCAGGAGAGACGCGAGCAGAUAGAGAGGCGCGAGCAGCAGCUUAGGCGCGGGGAGCCGCGCUUAGAGCAGGAGCUAAGGCGCGAGCAAGAGAGGCGCGAGCAGCAGGAGAGACGCGAGCAGGAGCUGAGGAGCGAGGAGUUGCUCUUUGAACAGGAGCUGAGGCGCGAACAAAAGAGGCGUGAGCAGGAGCUGAGACGCGAGCAGAGGCUGAGGCGUGAGGAGCCGCGCUUAGAGCAGGAGCUGAGGCGCGAGCAGGAGAGACGCGAGCAAGAGCUGAGGCGCGAGGAGUUGCUCUUUGAACAGGAGCUGAGGCGCGAGCAGGAGAGGCGCGAGCAGGAGCUGAGACGCGAGCAGGAGAGACGCGAGGAAGAGCUGAGGCGCGAUGAGUUGCCCUUCGAACAGGAGCUGAGGCGCAAGCAGGAGAGGCGCGAGCAGGAGCUGAGACGCGAGCAGCGGCUGAGGCGCGAGGAGCCGCGCUUGGAGCAGGAACUAAGGCGCGAGCAGGGGCUCAGGCGCGAGGAGCCGCGCUUGGAGCAGGAGCUCAGGCGCGAGCAAGAGCUCAGGCGCGAGGAGACGCGCUUGAAGCAGGAACUCAGGCGCGAGCAGGAGGAGAGGCGUGAGCAGGAGGAAAGACGCGAGCAGGAGGAAAGGCGCAAGCAGGAGCUCAGGCGCGAGGAGCCCCGCGUGGAGCAGGAGCUCAGGCGCGAGCAAGAGCUCAGGCGCGAGCAGGAGGAGAGGCGCGAGCAGGAGCUGAGGCGCGAGCAGCGGCUGAGGCGAGAGGAGACGCGCUUGGAGCAGGAGCUCAGGCGCGAGCGAGAGCUCAGGCGCGAGCGAGAGCUCAGGCGCGAGCAGGAGGAGAGGCGCGAGCAGGAGGAGAGGCUCGAGGAGCCGCGCUUGGAGCAGGAGCUGAGGCGCGAGCAGCGGCUGAGGCGAGAGGAGACGCGCUUGGAGCAGGAGCUGAGGCGCGAGCAGGAGGAGAGGCGCGAGCAGGAGGAGAGGCGCGAGCAGGAGGAGAGGCGCGAGCAGGAGCUGAGGCGCGAGCAGGAGCUGAGGCGCGAGCAGGAGCUGAGGCGCGAGCAGGAGGAGAGGCGCGAGCAGGAGCUGAGGCGAGAGGAGCCGCGCUUGGAGCAGGAGCUGAGGCGCGAGCAGCAGGACAGACGCGAGCAGGAGCUGAGGCGGGAGCAGGAGGAGAGGCUCCAGCAGGAGCUGAGGCACGAGCAGCAGCCUGCUGAGGAGGAGGUGGAGGCCCGUGAGCGGGGCAAGAGCCGCACCUCAAGGUGGCAGUGGCAGCUAGAAAGCGAGGCCGACGCCCGUCAGAGCAAGGUCUACUCCAGGCCCCGCAGGCAGGAGCAGCAGAGGCAACGCCAGGAACGCGAAGAGAAGAGGCAGCGCCUGGAGCUCGAGCGGCAACUGCGGGAGGAAGACGCCGAGUGGCCAAGCCGGUCCGGGUCCCUCCGGGAGGAGCGCGAGCAGCGGCUGCUCCGAGAGGAGCAGGCACGCCUGCAGGAGGAGGAAGAGCAGCGCCGAGACUUCAAAUGGCAGUGGCAGGCGGAGGAAGAGAGCGAGAGGCGCCGCCAGAGGUUCUCCGCCCGGCCCCAGUUGCGGGAGCAGCAGGAGAGGCAGCUGAGGGCGGAGGAACUGCAGGAUGGAGAACUGCUGCGUGAGGAGGAAGAGCAGCGCCGCCAACGACUCGAGAGGGAGCGGGAGCAGCAGAUCCUCGAAGAGGAGAAGCAUCUCCGAUUGGAGCAGAGCCUCCAAGAGGAUCAGGAGAGGAAGCUACGCCGGGAGGAGCAGCGCCGUGACCAAAAAUGGAGGUGGCAACCAGAAGAGGAAAGCCAGAGACGCCGCCACACAGUCUACGCCAAGCCAACUCAACGAGAGCCGCUGAGGGAGGAAGAGCAGCUGCAGCGAGAGGAACUCAAGACGAGGAGGCGCCAGGAGCUGGAGAGACAAUAUCGGGAGGAAGAGCCGCUGAGGGAGGAAGAGCAGCUGCUAAGAGAUCGGAGGCGCCAGCAGCGCGGCAGGCAGUAUCUGGAAGAGGAAGAGCUGCAGCGCCUGGACAGAAAGAGGCAAUUCCAGGAUGAGGAUCAGAGCCGCGAUCUGAAAUGGCAGUGGCAACCAGAAAAAGAAAAUGAAGUUCGUAAUCACAGGGUUUACUCCAAACGCAAAGUGAACGAAGAAAGGAUCCGGCAAUUCGAAGAUUCCCAGGUUCGAGACAGACCAUUCCGGCAGAAUCGGUGGCUCCUGCAGGAUGAACGGGAUGAGGAGAGAGCGCGAGAGAAAGAGAGGACCCGGCAGCAGCGCGACAUGCAAUUCCCAGCUGAGGAACUGCUAGAGCGAGAAGAGCAAAAGGAAGCCAAAAGGCGAGACAGGAAGUUCGGCGAGGAGGAACAGCAGCAGCGCCGCCGGGAACGUGAGCAACAGCUUCGCCAGGAGCGCGACAGAAGGUUCCGUGAGGAGGAACAGCUCCUGCAGGAAAGGGAAGAACAGCUGCGCCGCCGGGAGCGCGACAGAAAGUUCCGCGAGGAGGAACAGCUCCUGCAGGAAAGGGAAGAACAGCUGCGCCGCCAGGAGCGCGACAGAAAGUUCCGCGAGGAGGAAUUGAUGCGCCGCCAGGAGCGCGACAGAAAGUUCCGCGAGGAGGAACAGCUCCUGCAGGAAAGGGAAGAACAGCUGCGCCGCCAGGAGCGCGACAGAAAGUUCCGCGAGGAGGAAGAGCUGCGUCGCCAGGAGCGCGACAGAAAGUUCCGUGAGGAGGAACAGCUCCUGCAGGAAAGGGAAGAACAGCUGCGCCGCCAGGAGCGCGACAGAAAGUUCCGCGAGGAGGAAGAGCUGCGUCGCCAGGAGCGCGACAGAAAGUUCCGUGAGGAGGAACAGCUCCUGCAGGAAAGGGAAGAACAGCUGCGCCGCCAGGAGCGCGACAGAAAGUUCCGCGAGGAGGAAUUGCUGCGUCGCCAGGAGCGCGACAGAAAGUUCCGCGAGGAGGAAGAGCUGCGCCGCCAGGGGCGCGACAGAAACUUCCGCGAGGAGGAACAGCUCCUGCAGGAAAGGGAAGAACAGCUGCGCCGCCAGGAGCACGACAGAAAGUUCCGCGAGGAGGAAGAGCUGCGCCGCCAGGAGCGCGACAGAAAGUUCCGUGAGGAGGAACAGCUCCUGCAGGAAAGGGAAGAACAGCUGCGCCGCCAGGAGCGCGACAGAAAGUUCCGCGAGGAGGAAUUGCUGCGCCGCCAGGAGCGCGACAGAAACUUCCGUGAGGAGGAACAGCUCCUGCAGGAAAGGGAAGAACAGCUGCGCCGCCAGGAGCGCGACAGGAAGUUCCGCGAGGAGGAAUUGCUGCGCCGCCAGGAGCGCGACAGAAAGUUCCGUGGGGAGGAACAGCUCCUGCAGGAAAGGGAAGAACAGCUGCGCCGCCAAGAGCGCGACAGAAAGUUCCGCGAAGAGGAAUUGCUGCGUCGCCAGGAGCGCGACAGAAAGUUCCGUGAAGAGGAACCGUUCCCACAGGAAAGGGAACAGCUGCGUCGCCAGGAGCGCGACAGAAAGUUCCGUGAGGAGGAACAGCUCCUGCAGGAAAGGGAAGAAGAGCUGCGCCUCCAGGAGCGCGACAGAAAGUUCCUCGAGGAGGAAGACUUGCGCCGCCAGGAACGCGACGGAAAGUUCCGGGAGGGGGAACAGAGGCUGCGCCGCCGCCGAGGACUAGAUGGUACCCUCUCUCAGGAGGAGCAACUGAAGGGUGCUGAACAAGAGCAAGAGCAGAGCGUCCAGCAGGAGAGAGAAGAAAAGCGACACCGACAGGAGCAGGACAGGCAGUUCCUCGAGGAAGAAGAGCAACUGCCACGCGAAGAGCAGGAAGAGCUGAGGCGCCGGCAGGAGCGAGGCCAGCAGUACCGCGUGGAGGAGCAGUUUGCCAGGGAGAAGAGGCGCCGUCAGGAACAAGAACUGCGGCAAGAAGAGCAAAGACGCCGCCAGCGGGAGGAGGAACGAAGGCACCGCGGGCAAGUCUGGGAAGAUGGAGACAGGGGCCGUCGGCAGACUCUGGAGCCAGGCAAAAGUCAGUUUGCCAGUGUCCCGGUGCGCUCCAGCCCUCUCUAUGAAUAUAUCCAAGAGCAGAGAUCUCAGUACCGCCCUUAAGAGAUGCUGCCAAUAUCCUGACACCUGCCAAAGCUUCCAGCAAAGGAAAAAGAAACACUGGAUACCAAAUGACUCAAAUGUUUCUGGUUGUGGGAGAACUCUCUGAUGUUCCAAAAUCUUUUUUUUCCAAAAUCUUAAACUACACUCAUUUCAUGUACCUUGUACUCUUGCCUUUUAUUCUUCCUCAAGUAGUUCUUUACUGCAGGGUGUCUUUGCUCUUUGGUGCAGAUGUGGUGUGCAAUUUUUAAAAAUCUAAAUCAUUUAAUUUGUUUAAGGAGUUUUGUUUCGGGAACGUUUAUUGCUUUCGAAUAACAAGAAUAACAAUGAUUUCAGAUUCAAAAGAAUUUGGUCUGUUUUUUCAAUGGUUGAUUCAUCUUAUGGAGAGUUUAGAUAUUUUUUAUGUUCCAGUUGGCAUUUUUUUUCUUGAGCCUAAAUUACACUAAUAUUUACCUCCAAAUAGACUCUCAUUUUUUGGCAUAAUUAACACAGAUUCUGCAAGGGGGCUGAAUUUUUACAAGCCUUGAAUACCGAAGGGCAGGGGAGGAGGAGGGAGUGACUUCUACAGAAAAAUUCCCUGUGAAAUCAGCCCCUAACUGGAAGAAAUCUGAAGAUUUAGCUUCAAAACCUAGAAUUUGAAUUUGAUUUUUUUCAUACUUGAUAAGCACUUAAAAUCUCCUGAGCCAAAAGCAAGGUAUUUCCCAAAAAACUCCAGAGCUCAAAAUUUAAAACGGUCUACUGUAGUCUGUAGUGUUCAGUUCUUUUCCCCCAAUCUUUGAUGAAUUUGAGAAUAUUCCUACCUUUGUUCAUUUUAACUGAGAGAGAACCUGCUCAAGAUCCUAUAAACAUCUAUUUCACUCUAGAGUCAAAAGGAGAUCAAAGCAUUUUCGGGGAAGGAAAGGGAAAAAUUUGUGAACAGAAGGGCAAGUUCCCAGAAGCCCUUAGAUGAGACCCAUCAGCUCACAAUCCUUUGAGACCUAUUGAUACUACCUUGGAGACAUUCUUGUUGAAAUGAUUGGACUGUGUAAAAAAUAAAUGUUUGGCAAACAA